AGAAAGCACCAGAGUGCGUGAAGGAAAUGAUCGGGCUGAUCAAGCAGCAAAAGAUGCAGGAGGAUACAAUGCCCAGCAGAUGGUGCAACGAGCCACUCAAGGACAGGAGGAGUUGACGACAGACACAGUAAGACAGUUGCAAGAAGCAGCAGGCGCUUACGAACAGAACGUAUGGAGCAGACAGGGAGCAAGGCAAGACCAUCAUGGGAUUUGGAGAUCUCACACAAGAAAAACAGUGGGACCUGCAAAACUCCUCAGAUCAAUCUUAAGGGAAGAGCAUGAGAAGGCUCAUGGAGGAUGGAAAAAUGUCGCAAAAUCAGUUGAGAAAGCAUGGUGGCAUCCACACAUGUUGGACAUGGCAAGAGAGACAUCAGAGAGCUGUGAAGUGUGCAAACAAUACAACAACAAAGUGUCACUUGGAGCAGUGAUAGGCAGCUUCCCAAUACCUGAUGCACCAUUUCAAGACAUUUGCAUAGAUUACACGGACAUGGGACAGGACAACAAAGUGGAAGGAAAAAGGUACCUGUUAGUAAUGGUGGACAGAUUCACCAGAUGGGUGGAAGCCAUCCCCACAGCAAGAGAAGACGCAAAGGCCGUGAUUAAGUGGCUGAGGCGAGACCUCAUUCCAAGGUUCGGGGUCCCGCGAAUGGUCCGUUCUGACAAUGGUACCCAUUUCAAGAAUAAACACCUAAGGGAGGUAGAGCAGGCCCUAGGAAUCACCCACAAGUUUGGGUCAGUAUACCACCCCCAAUCGCAGGGACUCGUAGAAAGAGCUAACCAAUCGCUGAAACGAAAAAUGGCCAAAAUCAUGGCCGGAACUAAACUGAAAUGGGUAGAUGCCCUACCCCUUGCUCUAAUGUCAAUGAGAAAUUCACCUGGGUCUGAUACCCACUUGACUCCACAUGAGCUUAUGACAGGACGCAGAAUGCCAGGGCCACCAGCAGACAAUCUUAGUAUGCCUAGGCUAGAUAUUGCAAAAAUCAGAUAUACAGACUACAUGCAGGCACUAAUUUCUCUUGUUGAAAGAUUGUCUAAACAGGUGGUGGAAGUGCGCACUCCUGCUGUUGAAACCACGGACGAGAACAGAGACAUCCUGGUAGGAGAUUGGGUGAGAGUGAAGGUGCAUUCCAGGAAGUGGACGGAGCCAAGGUGGGAAGGGCCUUUUCAGGUGAAAGAGGUAUCAAGUCACUCGCUGAGGGUAAACACGAGUAAGAGGGACGUGUGGUACCACAGAACACAUUGUGCCAAAGAUAUAGUUCCAGGAAGAACUCUAGAUCAAGUACAACAGGACUUGGCUGCAGACGGGGAGGAUGUUAUGGUUACUAGCGGGGCUGGCCCUAUGGGGAACAGUGACAUCCAGUCAGUAUCA